AUGAGAUGGAAAACCGUGUUUCUCGUUGGUCAAGCUUUAGACAACAACAAUCAGAGUGAAAAUAUGGCCGCCGAGGGUACGAUAUACGGAGAUAUCAUACGAGGAAGUCACAUUGACCAUUAUUACAAUCUAACUCUGCAGACGCAAAUGGGUCUCGAGUGGGCGGCAGGAUAUUGCGAUUUCAGGUAUCUCCUCAAAGUGAAUGAUGAUGUAUUUGUUAACCCCUAUAACUUGUUGGACCACCUGGAAAAGCCUGACACCCAAGUAACUAACCUUUACAUGGGACGCUGUUUCUACAGCGCGCCUGUUCUACGUGUUGGCAAACACCGAAUAACCAGAGAAGAGUACAGUGAGUCUACUUUUCCAACUUACUGCUACGGGCCAGCGUAUUUGUUAUCGUCAGAUUUAGUCCACAAAUUAGUGGAAUUAUUUGACACUUAUACCCCUUUUAGACUCGAAGAUGUUUAUAUAGGCAUGUUAAUUCGUAAAAUAGGUGGAGUUGAGGCUGUAGGUCACUCAAGCUUUCGCACUCAAGAAUCUGGUGAGCCGUGCAAACAUUUCCCAAAUAUGUUUGCUUAUCACGAAGCUUCCGUAAAGUGUGCAGAGGAAUUGUUUGAAGAAGGGAUCAAAGAGAGACUAGAGUUAGAAUUUAGCAAACUGGGCAAUGCUACAGGCUAA